AUGCGCGGUCGGGGCGGUCGUGGAGGUCGCGGGGGCAGCUUCGGCGGCUUCUCGCAGCAACCCACUAACACCAUCAGCAUUCGCGUGUCGGAGAUUCAGCAGCCCGUCACGGAGGAUGUUAUGCGCCGCGUUUUCCAGAGCGUCGGCGUGUCGUGCAACUCGAUCCAGAUUACUCCAACAAACAACGCGCAGGAGACGUCUGUGGUGGCGCAGUUCCCGGAUAACUUCGCCGCAGAGCGCGUCAUGUCGAGCCUGAACAAUCGCAACAUCUUCAACAACGGCAACAAGAUGACCAUGCAGUACACGAACUGGAUCCCGAGCGGCAGCCCGACCCCAAUGAGCAGCAACGGGGGUGGCGUGCUACAGACCUCGGCCUUUGACAACGGCAACAUCUUUGCGGCGCAGCAGUUGCCACCGCAGCCCCAGAUACUGCCGCAGCCCCAGAUGCAGCCGCAGAUCCCCCCCCAGCCCCAGAUUCAGUUGCCGACCCCGCAGAUUCCGCAGCCGUCGCAGAUGCCUCAGCCGAUGCCGCCGCAGUCGGUGCCCCAGCCCAUGCCGCCUCAGCAGAUGCCGCCGCAGCCGAUGCCUCAGAUGCAGCACAUGCCGCAACCCCAGCUGCAGCCGCAGAUGUCGGUCUUCAACAACCCUGGCCCGGGCAUGAUGCCGCCGCAGCAGAUGGACCCCUGGUACGGCGCCAACCCCGCCAUGGACAUGAUGAGCGUCACCGUUGGCUUUCCGGGUGCCGUUCGCGGCAACGCUAUGAUGCGCGCCAGUCGCGCUCGCGGACGCGGUGGCCGCGGCGGCUACGGCCUCGACACCAUGGGUGUGCAGGCCGGCUAUAUGCCAUUCCCCCAGGUCGGCGGCAUGGCCCGCGGUGGCGCCAACAUGAUGCCGCGCAUGAACUACGUGCAGUACCAGCCGUUCGGCCAGCCGCCGACCGUCUUUGUGAGCGUGACCCUCGUCCCGAUCACAGAGCCGCUGCAGACCAUCUUCACACUGAUGGAGGCGUUCGGCGGCGUUGUGGCGAUCCGCCGCAACCAGAACAAGAAAGAAAUUCUGACAGUCAAGGCUGCGUCGCCGGACGACGCGCUGGCCAUUGUCACCUUCAUGCACCGCGUGCCGUACGUGGGAGGCCAGGUGAGCGGCAAGCUCUUUCCCAACUACGUGGAGCGCUACCCGUGCACUGAUGAAGGCGACCCCCUCGACCCCGAGACGCUGCAGUACGACUUCACCGCUUCCCGUCACCGCAGCCCGGGCCAGCGCAGCAAGGCUGUGCCGUCACGCAUCAUUAAGAUCACGGGCUGCGGCACGUACGAGGACACGGAGGUGAUGACGUACCUCAACAGCAAGGGCAUCAAUCCCGAGCGCGUCACCAAGUCCGAGGACGGCUCCUUCGAAGUUCAUUUGAAGGACGUGGCGACCUCCGUGAAGGUGCUCCUGGAGUGCCAGGGAAGCGUGUGCGACGAGGAGAAGUCGAACGUCAUCUUCGUCGAGGGCCCGCGCGACGACCCGGUCAGCACGGAGCAGAAGGCGACUGAGGAGCGGGCGAACGAGCAGUAG